AGUAAGAAAAGAGAAUCUGGAGAACCAAAUAGUUACAGGAGAUCAGCUCUGACAUUCCUUCUUCUGGAUUCAUCUUUGGAAGAUCAGAUAAAAGGGAGAGGAAAGCUAAUGAGCUGUUGGUGCUGCACAAGAAUGGAGACUGGUGUGUUCAUAAGAUGCUGAUAGGAAACUUCCAGCAGAUUUAUUUAAAUUGAGAGGAUGGUUGUAGAGUUCUACAGUACUGUUGCAAAGUGGGUGGAAAGUUGCAAACUGGAUUCACAGCAGCACUUCCCAGCAGGCUCUCCAUGGAGAGGUGUUCUUGCCUUUCUGGCACAUGUUCCAGUGCUCCUCUGAACUGUGCAAAACCUUGGACUCCAAGGACCUUUUCAGAAGAGCGACCUGAGGAGACUGAUACUUCAGCUUGGGUUUCCUAAGGAAAUUGAAAUUGGUUCCCUGGCAUGCAAAACUUGAAGUACCUGAACCAUCUUUUUCUUCAAUCCCCUGCACCUGAAGUCAUAAGAUCACCUGAGAGCCCAAGUGCUGGCUUUUAAAAUACUUAUUUCUUCACUUCAGUGGCAGGAGAAAACAAGAAAACCAAGCCCUCAAAAGAAAAGGUAUCAUGAAAAAGUAAAUGGUCAAGCUCUCCCUGAGCACUGUUUGUUUAACAACUGAAAAGAAAGCACUUCAUGUCAUUCCAAAGAGUAAAUAUCUGAAGUUAUGGAUUAACUAAGUUCCAGCAGAGCUCAUGGAGGAAGAACAGAUCACGCUGAUUCCCACUGAAUAAAGCAGUGACUCCUGCUGCAAGAUGUGGAAGCUCCUCACUGUGGGGCUGCUGCUGGCUGCCUGCUCUUCCUGGGGCUGCUGCACCUCCAUAUUUUACAGCAGUAAAGAUGCAAACAAAGUCCUGAGAAUCCAGAAGCGGUCAAACACUUUCCUGGAGGAGCUCAAGCCAGGCUCUGUGGAGCGUGAGUGUGUUGAAGAGCUCUGUGACUUUGAGGAGGCCAGUGAGAUAUUUGAAACCAGGGAAGCAACACUAGAAUUUUGGAGCAAGUAUGUAGAUGGAGAUCAGUGUGAGCACAAUCCUUGUUUCAACGGGAUCUGCAAGGACAGUAUUGGAAAAUUUUGCUGCAUCUGUAACAAAGGCUGGGAGGGGGUUUUGUGCAAUUAUGAGGUCAAAUACAGCAACUGUUCCAUGGAGAAUGGGGGCUGUGAACAUUUCUGCAGGGAGGACCCUGCUGAGCAGCAUCGCUUGUGCAGCUGUGCAUCAGGGUAUCGGCUCAAGGAUGACCACACCACGUGUGAGCCUGUAGUGGAGUUCCCCUGUGGAAGAGUCAAGUUGGACUACAUUGAAGCCAAAGCAGACUUCAAUAUUCGGCUCAUUGGUGGAACAGUUGGGAGAAGGGGAGGCAGCCCUUGGCAGAUUAUGCUGCAAAAUACCAAAGGGAUGUUUCUCUGUGGGGGUGUUCUCAUCCAUCCAGCUUGGGUCCUAACAGCAGCACACUGCCUUGAGGAUAACGAGGGGUUCAGAGUUAAACUUGGUAAAUUCCAUUUCCGUCCUGAGGCAGAUGAGCAAACCAUUUGGAUUGAUAAAUGGGUGAUCCACGAAAAUUACACCAAGAAGACCUCAGAUAAUGACAUAGCCAUGCUGCACUUGGCUGAGCAUGUGAUGUAUUACAAAUACGCGCUCCCAAUCUGCCUUCCCACCCGCAACCUGGCAGAGCAGGAGCUGAUGAGGAGCGGGAAGCAGGUGGUGGUGACGGGCUGGGGCAGCAUGAGCGAGCGUAACCACACCUUCGCUGCCUUCCUCAGGUACAUCGAAAUCCCCAUCGUGCCCCGCAACGAGUGCGCCCGGGCCAUGAGCUCCCAUAUCUCUGACAACAUGCUGUGUGCUGGGAGCCUGGGAGACAGGAAAGAUUCCUGCCGUGGGGACAGCGGGGGCCCUAUGUUCACUAGAUAUAAGGAUACUUGGUUCUUGAUAGGGCUGGUGAGCUGGGGUGAAGGCUGUGGAAGAAGGGAGAAAUUUGGAGUCUACACCAAAAUUAGUCAGUACCUUGAGUGGAUCCAGCACCACAUAGAUACGUCAGCUCCUUUGAAAGGUUGAUUCUGAUCCAGAGUCUGGAAUGUUGUGACUCUGUGCUAGUGACAGUAUGCACUAUAAUGUACUGUCAGAUCUUCAGUAUUAAAUAUUGAGUAUGUGUUAA